GGCCUCUCCCUUUCUGGGAUUUCACGGCUGUUGAGGUUGUCAAGCUUGGAACAAUCAAGGUUCAUAAGGCCCUGAUGUUGCCCAGAAAAGCUGACUGGAGAGCCUGGAUGGUAGGAGGCUCUGGUUGGCACAGUCCUGUGCUCCUCAAUUCUCAACAGCCUCGAGGAAUCCAGAAUAUCCCCUCAGAGCCCCCUCUCUGCACCUUCCGGGAAAAUCCUUGGCUUCUGCACGUCAGGACUAAGACAUGUGUAGUGGUGGCACACGAGGGAGGCAGAGGCAGGUGGAUCUCUGAGUUGAAGACCAGCCUGGUCUACAGAGCAAGUUCCAGGACAGCCAGGGCUACACAGAGAAACCCUGUCUUUAAAAAAAAAAAAAAAGAAAACAAAAAGAAAAGAAAAGCAGCAACAAAACCAAGACAGUUGUCACACUUUAGCUAGGACCAUAUCCAUUCUCCUUCUUUGAGACAGGGUCUCCCAGCCUUGACCUCCCUAUAGAGCCAUGGAUGACCUUACCUACAGUCCUGAUCCUCCCUCUUCCUCCUCCUCUUCUUCCCGAGUGCUCGAAUUACAGUGUUCCCACCAUGCCCCGUUUAUCUGUUGCUGGAGAUCAAACCCAAGGCCUCACGCAUGCUCCACACAGACUCCGCCAACUAAGCUACGUCUCCAGUCCGUCCAUCCCUGCUUACAGGAAGAAAGUGACCUGCUCGCAGUCUCACCUCGCAGUGGGCGAGCCACAGCUGGACAGAACGCAGCCUUCACAGCUCGCCUCCACUCACCCAUCUCCCGAUCAGGUAGCGGGAACAUGAAGAGAAAACCGGCUGCCCAGUUGGGUUGUUGCUACAAGACAAAGGCCCUGGGUGGUUCAGGAGGCUACUUGUCCCCCAGCCUGGACUUCCAGCUCUGUCAAGAUGACCAGGUCUUCUCAGCCAACACCUCUCAGUCACUUCCAGACACAAGGGAUGCUUGUGACUUGUCCCCGGCCGGCUGGAUGUGUCCCUUGCCAGUGGCACCAGCUAAGUCUUCCUUGCUGGGCUGCCCCCAUUGGCCGGACCUAUGCCUGUGUGCCUUGCAGAAGACACCCCUGGCCGGGGGCCCACAGGAUCUCAGAGAGGACGCCUCAGACAUGAGGCACCAGCCGCCGAGAGUGCACGAGGGCUCUGCUGACAGUGAGAAACUCACAGCCGAGCAUUCCCCGGAUAGAGACCAGAUGGGAAACCAGCCAGAAAGAGGCCCCUGCCCACCCCUCCCUCCUCAGACCGGUUUCUCCCCAGAUGCCAGGCCUCGUCCCUGGACCUCCUGGCCCUGGCUUUCUCCCAUUCUCCUCUCCAAGGAGCUCCCUGCCCACAUCUACCCCUUCUUUCCAGGCUACCCGCUUCUGCCUCCCCCUUAUCUAUUGACUUAUGGGCCCCUACCUUCUGCCCAAUGUCUGCACCUCCUCAUGCCACCCCCAGACACCGCGUACCCCACCGUGGCUGUGCCCAGCUUGCUCAUGACAGCUGUUGGGGCUGGGCCCCGGAUCCUCCAAGAGAAGACCCCGCUUCUCUACUCGCAGUGCCAGAGCACCAGCCACACCCUCUGCUCGCGGGUCAGGAGCCGGAGCGCUAAAGACGCCUUGACCCCGGGACAAGCUGGGGUGGCAGCUCCGGCGAAGCGGGCUCCGCCAGGCUCCCGGGCGGGUGCCGGCGCCCUGCCCUACCCUCUAAAGAGAGAGAAUGGAAAAAUCUUAUAUGAGUGCAACUUGUGUGGCAAGAGCUUCGGGCAGCUCUCCAACCUCAAGGUCCACCUGCGCGUGCACAGCGGGGAGCGCCCUUUCCGGUGUGCGCUGUGUCACAGGAGCUUCACGCAGCUGGCCCACCUGCAGAAGCACCGUUCCGUGCACACCAGCCAGCGGCCCCCCCAGUGCCGGAUAUGCCACAAGCGCUUCAGCAGCUCCAGCACCCUCAAGACCCACCUUCGCCAGCCCUCGAGUGCCUAGCGGUCCCAGCGCAGCGUCUCUGCAAGCCACCUCACCCCACAUGUCUACCUGAAGCUGCACCAGAGGCUGCAGGCGCCUCGGCCCCAUGGCCUGGCCACUCCCCUCUCUCACCUGUGCCCAGUGUCG